AUGACCUAUCCCUGGCGACCCGCUGUCGCUCUCAACACACAAGCCGAUUCUGUGGCUCCAAAAUCAUCCUUACCUAGUAGUGAGCGACCCUCUCGCUAUCUUCCCAUCACCGUCGGAACCGUUGCGUCACGAAUCCUCUUACUCCAAAAGCUCGCGGGCAACGCCCCUAAAAAUAAAUCUCUCCCGAAAUCUCCUCCUCGCUUCCCACAGAUCCGAGCGACGGGGAAAAAUAGAGAGAGGAGCACGUCACCUCCUCGAUCGCGUUCCCCGCUAGGGAUUCACCCCCGACGGGAACAUUCGCGCUCGAGCUUUGGUCGCAGACCGACGAGCAUCUUUGGGAAUCCGGCGUCGAGAAAUUCGCAGCCGAGUGUGCAGGUGCAGGCGGGCACGAGUCAUUCGUUUUUGGGGUUGAGGGCGGCGGGGUUGGAUCGUGAGGUGGGGUGUGCUAGAGAGGGGAGGGGGGAUGGAAUUGGGGAUGGCGGAUAUUUGUUGAGGGGAUUGAGGGGGUGGGAAAGGGAAGAUGCGAGAGCUGGUGGAUGGACUCGGAUUGGUGAUGCUUUGGAGAUGGAGAGGAGGGGUUUGGAGCGGAGGAGUGCUACACGUGAAGUAGAUUUGGAUAGGGGCGUUCAGACUUUUGGGGGCAGUUAUGGUUCCACACAAGUACCGUCUCCCGCUCAAUUACCUUAUGAAGAGAACCGGAAACUGAAUUCUCGUCGUCAAAAGGAGAAGAUGCGGCAAGAUGAGAUGUCUAAUUCUGAAGUAUCUAUACGCACAACGUCUACGCUUCAGCGGCAGAGUGUUCGAGAUUUGUUCGAUACGCAUGGUAUUGAAAGACCACCUGGUCUCGCAUCAUCCGAAGUGGAGAGGGAAGAAACUGAUAAACUUGAGAGACAUCGCGUCUGUCAUAUUUGCAUGUGGAUUCAUGAGAAGAAAGAGAAUACCUGUUGGAAAUGUGGUCAUCGCUUAUGCAAAGCUUGUGAUAGACUUCUCACAUUUUCAAAUGGAGGCAAAGAUGCAAGUUUCAAUCACAAUCGAGCAGUUCCUGUUGAUCGGAAAGAAGUAUCGAAACCAGUACAUUAUGUAACGACACCUCGUCCAUCAAAAAGUCAAAUUUCAAGACAAUCGCUGUCGAGACCUCUGCCGAUUUCAAUAGAAAUGAGAAAGAAGGAGGUUGAUUCGGUGGAGCCUUUCCCGCCAUUUUACCCCGAGAACGCUCUACCGCAAAGCUCGAAACCUGGGUCUGGAUUAGAAUCAACAAAUUAUGGACUAUUACAAUCGUGUCCUGGGAUUUACAAAUCCGAGAGCCCCCAAAGCCUUGCAACUAAAUUUGAGGAAGCCUCUCAAGAAAGCUCCAUGCUUCCUGCAUCAAAUUCUUCAUGUCAGUAUGUCACCAAAAAACAUAGAUCUGAGUCAGGAUCUUUGGAAACGCACAAUUGCAGAUGUGAAAGCUGUCAAGAAGCUGAUCAUAGGGGGUUCACCCGUCGAAAUUCUACUUCUCAAUCACUUGCCCGAAGUGAGGAUAUUAUAGCUAUGGAUGGUCGAUAUGCAGCUGAUAGUAUCAACGAUGAGAACAUCUAUCGUUCUCAUUCUUAUCCUGACUCCUCUAGAACUUCGCAGCCCUCGAUGAGAUUGUAUCGAUUAUGGAAUGGAUAUAUACAUCGAGCAGUACAACUCAGCCAUGAAUCGAAUCAUGGAGACAUCCCACGGACAUCGAUGCGGCCAGACCCGUUUUCGAAUAAUGCAAUUCGUCGAACUACACAACCUACCCAUAGAAUAAAGCGUAGAAGCCACACGGGAAAUACACAACGGUCGGAAAGCGCAUGUCGUAUGUUCAAUGGAUCGAGUUAUCAACCAAUACAACCUAGUUUUACCAUGGAUGAUAUAGAAAACUCGAAACUCCUAGAUACUUAUUAUCCCUUCCUCAAUGCUUCGAAACGAGGAAAUCGAUCGUCGAGAUAUGGAUCGGAGUAUGUAGAAUGUCGCGGGUAUCCGCGGACCGGUCAUGGGCCCUGCGAUCGCAGUCCAGUCAGUUCGGGGAUCGUGGGCGAUUGCCAACACUGUCUAGAUGAUUGUGAGUGUUCGGCGUGUCAGAGCACCGUGCAUAGUGUUCGCUGUUGCACAAAUGAUAUUCAUAAACCCUUGAUCCAUCUUCAUCGUAGUCCAACAAAGGUUUCCCUCCACGAUGCGUUCCGUUCGCAGAAUGCACAGCUAGGCUCCACGCAGCAAAGGAAACCGUAUAUACUGUCUCGCUCGCAAACGUAUGAUCGUGCCACGCUGCUGAAGUUUGAUAGUGUCUCGGAAUGGUUGGGGAGUCCGGAUGAGCCUUCCCCUCCACGAAGAUUCGACACCCCGACGCAUACGCCGUCGGAGACUCUUCAUCUUACGAAGCAUAGUCCAUCGAUUUCUAUUGAACAAGCUGGCGAUUCGUUAUCGAGGGCUCAAACCCUUUCAUCUUGGCCGCUGUCAUCCAUCACCCCGAAAGAUAUUCCAUUCCUGAUGAAGGAAUCUUUCAACAACGCUUCGGAAAAUGCGGGCGCGAAAAUCAUCGGAGAUCCAAAUAGACCAUCGUCGAGUGAUGGCACGAAAGAUCAAUCCGUUGCACCCGCACGAUCUAAUACUCGUUUUCCUACGAACUCUUCUCCGGGGGAUUUCUCGAAGAAUUAUCUGGAUUGGAAAGAGAGGUUGACAUCGCCGUUGCGGAAAGUCGCGAGACGUUCGAGGGAUUGCGAGACUUCGGGUGUUUGUGGACAGGCGGAUUGGACGGGUCGAAAAGGUGAGAGGGGGGAAUCGAUGGAGCGGAGGGUUAGGGGGGAGAGGUUGGAGCGGGAAGAGGAAGAGGUGGGGAAUAGGGUUCAGAGGUGGGAGGAUACGAGGUCGGAGAGUAGAAGGGGGGUGAUGAGGAGGGUGAGGGAUGGUGGUAGUGGUGUUGGUGGUAGUGCAGGGGCGAGUGAAAUGGUAACACCGGUUAGUGCGGGGGGAUAUUUUGAUGCGCAGAUGAGGUGGUUGUCGAGUGGGAGUGAGCGGGGGAGGGGGAAUGUUUUGAAGGGGGUUAUGGGGUCCAUUGUGGAGGAGGAGGGGGAUGGGGAUGCGGAAAGUGAAGAUGGAGAGAUGCAUGAUUGUAUUUGGAAAAGAAGAGUUUUGGGGGUUGAUAGGGUUGAUAGGAGGAGUAUAGAUUGUGGAUUGAGAAAUAGAAAUGUAGAUGAAGCUUUGGGGGUAGAGGGAGGAGAGGGAGGAGAGGGAGGAGAGGGAAUAGAGGGGGUAAAAGGGAUGAGUGGAGUUAAGGGUGUUACGAUUGUGGUUCAUAUGAAGAAGGGAGAGGAUUUGGUUUUGAGGACGAAUUGUCAGGGAGGGUUGAGUUGGGAGGGGUUGGAGGGGUUGGAGAGGUUGGUGAGGGGGGAUGGUUGA